AGGGCCGCAGCUGGCCUCGUUCUGGCCGUCGCCGCCGCUUUCAGGCGGAGUAGGAUGAGGCCCGCGGCUGCAGCCCCGGCGUCGGCGGGGGCAGCAGCAGCUGAGGCAGCAGCUGAGGGAGCCUCGACGGCCGCGCCCCCCCCUCCUGACCUGGAUUAGGCCCAGCAGCUCUGUGGCCGCCGCCGCCCCGCGGGGGGGCGGGGUGGGGAAGUGCUUCGUCUCCCCGCCCCCCCCCCAUCGCCGCCGCCGCCGCCGCCUCGUAGGAGGCUACCGCCGCGACCCCAGGGAACCCGCGGCCCAGCCUUAAGCCCCCAACCCCGGGGGCUGGCAUGAGCGGCUCUUCGACGGCGCCGGGGGGCGGGUUAGCCGUCGCCGCCUGAGCCCCGGCCUGACGCCCGACCCCACCUCGCUGACCGCGGCUGACCGCGGAGCGUGCGAACGACCCCGCUACUGCUUUCUUCCUUCCCCAGAUCACACACCCCAGCCCCGGAAGAUGGGGAACUGCCUCAAGUCCCCCACUUCGGAUGACAUCUCCCUGCUUCACGAGUCUCAGUCCGACCGGGCUAGCUUUGGCGAGGGGACGGAGCCUGAUCAGGAGCCGCCGCCGCCAUAUCAGGAACAAGUUCCAGUUCCGGUCUAUCAUCCAACACCUAGCCAGACUCGCCUAGCAACUCAGCUGACUGAAGAGGAGCAAAUUAGGAUAGCUCAAAGAAUAGGCCUUAUACAGCAUCUGCCUAAAGGAGUUUAUGACCCUGGAAGAGAUGGAUCAGAAAAAAAGAUCCGGGAGUGUGUGAUCUGUAUGAUGGACUUUGUUUAUGGGGACCCAAUUCGAUUUCUGCCGUGCAUGCACAUCUAUCACCUGGACUGUAUAGAUGACUGGUUGAUGAGAUCCUUCACGUGCCCCUCCUGCAUGGAGCCAGUUGAUGCAGCACUGCUUUCGUCCUACGAGACUAAUUGAGCCAGGGUCUCUCAUCUGACUUCAAGUGAACCAUCAUUUUUGGUGGUUUUGAUCUUUUGUCACUGAGCCCAAAGAGCCAGGGAUUAGGAAUUAAGAUCAUGCACAAAAAUUUCCUAAAAAUUCCUGCAUGGCUGCAGAAAUUCCUGAAUGGCUGCAGAUGUUGGGGGAAAAAAGUAUGUGAUAUUUUAGAAACUUAGGGGGGAAAGUAGGAAGGUAUUUUUAUGUAAAGCCUUGACCCAGUGUUCAAAAAUAUAAUUGUAUUUAGAUCUUGUUAUUGCUCCAGUACAUAGGAAUUGUGUAAAGUGUUAUACAGCAGCUGUAUAUGUUUAAAUUGUGUAUGUUGAAGAUUAGGAAAAAGAUAGUGGUUGUUUUUCCUAAAUGAAAUAACUUUCUUCUUCCCUCCACCCAAAUUCUUUUCUCAAGUUGCUGGCAUUUGGGUCAAGGUUUUAUUAAAAGCUACAUUUUAUAACACUGGCACAAAAAAAAGUAGUUUUAAGCUUGUUUGCACAGUUCUUUUUUUCCAUUGGAAAUGGAAUUCAUUGCCUUAGGUCUUUUUAAAUAGUGUAUUAUUAUCGUUGGGGCUGGCUCUAUGCUUGAAAACCAGUUUAUUUAUAACCUGUUAUAAGUGCUAUAUCUGUUUGCAGUUAGGAAAUGCAGAAUUCAAAGUGAUCUCCUAGCUUGUAAGCAAACUGAGAUGCACUAUCCCUUUUCUAUAAAAAAAUGAGUUAAUGUGUCAAGAAACCAACUCUAGUAAAGUGGGGUUUAAUACUACCCUUUCUUAUGUGUUUCACCUAAUUAUUUUGGUUGUUAAUAUGGUGAUAAUUAAAAGUCAAGGUAAAUUUUAAAUAUUAAGAAUUCUGAUUUAUUGAGCUUGAAUUAUGCCACCAUGCUUAUGUAAAAAUGAAAGUGGCACCAUGGUUAAACUGAGAAAAGUUUCUCAGUUGCAACAAUUUUGAUUUAUUCUUUCCUGUGACCUCCUUCCCUGUUGUCUUGAACAUAGCAAAAGGAUACUGCAUCUCUUAUUGUAGUGCUGAGGUUACUGAAGUUAUAUAAAACACAUCUCUGUUUCUGUUGGAAGGACAGUCCUGCUGUUGACUGACAAUUCUAAGCAGGGAGAAUUAAGAUAAAUGUGUUUCAUGUUUUGCACACAAAUGCAGAAUUUGUAUAACCACAUGACUUCAUAGUUGUGAUCUCAAAAAAGAAGGAAUUUCUCUUUUAUCUUUUUCUUGCAGUUAAUAUAAGAACACUGAAUCUCUAAGCUUCUGAAGUGUUAGAGGUAGAGAUGGUCUAGUAAAGAUGUAGUUGUAAUGUUUUAUCCAUUUAGCAUGUGUUUAUUUUUCUUUAUGUACUCGAAGGUGACAUAUUUGUUCAACUCAGUGAUAUUACAGCUAAAAAAUCAUUCAUUAGCAAAAGGAGAAGCAAUCUCAACCCAACAAAUCAGAAAUGUUUCUUUUUAUUUUAUAUUGAGUUGAAUAUUUGACUUUAACACUUUUCUACAUACAAAACACAAGUCUCUCGAAGGGUUCUUCAUAAUUGCAUUAUAGAAGAAUUUAGUAUGUCAUAAGCACUUAAAGAUUUGACAUUCAACUGUAGCAGUAUCCAUUUUGGUUAAUUUUCUUAUGAGCCCCAUGAUGAAUUUGAGAAAAAUUGAAAGAAAUUAGAUUAUCAGGUUCUGUUAAAUUGUUACAUGUAUCUUGCUUAAGUUUUUGUUCAUUAAUUUAUAUCCAAUUACAUAAAGCAAAUUUGGAGGAAACACCUGAAGUUGUGUAAUAUUUUCAGCGGUAUUACUUUUUUUAUCUUCGUGUUUUCUACUUAAACAUGAUGUCUGUCAUCAAAUAUUAUAGUCACUUUCUUUUUUUCUAGAUUGUUAAAAUUGGUAAAUGAACUGUUUUUUUUUAAUCAUCUUCUAUGUUGCUGUUAGUCUUUAUUACAAGGCUUCCUUCACAGAAGUUCGGCAGUAAUAUUGAAGGAACCAGGAUUGAGCUGACUUCUUCUUUUUUUUUAAGGUAUUUUGUAUUCUUUAAUUUUGAUCUCCACGUACCAUGUUAAGAACCAUCAGUUUGGGCUUUUACCAAGUUAAAUAAAGUUAUAAUACAGUUGU